CCUUGCUCGAUGAGUAGAGCCUAGUAAGCAGUGCAUGGCUCCAGUUGUGGGGAAUUCAAUGGUGUAAAAGAGAAGAGCGCGACGUUCAUUUUCAGGUCUCUAUCUGUUUUGCUACAUCGACCUUUAAGCUAACCGAUAGCCAGCAUGGGUCGGCGCUCCUCUGACAGCGAUGAUGAGAGUCGGAGCAGGAGGAAGAGAAAACAACGUCGCCGUUCAUCUUCCUCCUCCUCUUCCUCCUCGUCUGGGAGCCGGUUGAGGAGUAGCCGCAGCAGGAGAUCCAGCCGGAGGAGCCGUUCACGCUCCAAAGACAGAAGGAGAAGACGGCGUUCCAGCAGCAGUUCCUCCCAGAGUUCGUCUCGCAGGAGAAGGAGCCGAAGUGCAGACAGAAACAAGGGAAGAAGCCACCGCUCACACAGGUCUCGCAGCCGGGACAGAAGGUCUCAUUCUCGCCACCGGAGGUCCCGCAGUAGGAGCAGCAGCCGCACCCAUCGAACAAGCCACAGCCGCAAAAGGAGCCGCAGCCGAGAGCGUGACCGGAGUCGCCGCAAGGACCGGGACCGGGACAGGGAGAAAGAGAGGGAGCGAGACCGAGGAAAAGACAGAAACAAGGACAAGAGUAAAGACAAGAAAGGGGAUGCUGGAACUAUCAAAGACAAAUUGGAACAUCUGACUCCAGCAGAGCAGGCUAAAGUCCGAAUGCAUUUGGUCUUGCAGGCAGUAGCUAAGACAGAUGAAGUUCUGAAGGCCAAAGUAGCCAAAAGAGAAGAAGAGGCCCGUAAGAAGCUCGAAGAAGAGGGAACCUCUCUGGAGGAGCAAGUGCGAAGGAUAAAGGACAUCGAGGCCAUCGAGAGCGAUUCCUUUGUUCCUCAGGCUUUCAAAUCAUCCCGGGAUGACACAAAGAGUGCUGUGGUUCAGGUGAAGCAGGAGUCAGAGAAGGGACCCUCUCAGGACAUUUCUCUCCCCAUGUCUAUAGUCUACGAUGACAGCGGCACCCUCGCUCAUCCCAGUUUGUUCGUGGAUAAAGAGACGGCAGAAGAGCUCUGGCUAAACAGACUGAUCUCACUGCGACAAGAACGACUGAUGGGAAGUCCUGUAACCUGAAGAGCAACAGCAUCCAAGAAGUUUUUUUUUUUUGUUCCCAGCAUAAUUUUCAUCCAGAUCUUUGCUUUCAGACUCACUGUGUCUUGUUAUGCAACAUCACUGCAUUGCUUAUUUCGACUUUUGUGAAGCUUGUUAUUCAAACCAGUGAGCAGUUGUUUUUGGUGCUUUUCUGCUUAGUUUUUUAUUGUAUACAAUAAUGAAAGGAAGAUCUGAUGCUGAUGAUUUUGAUUUAGGUAAUUUGUUAUUCUUAGAAGUUAUUUUUAGCAUAAAUGUAAACUUUGACAAAUUAUGUUGUAGUCUUUUCAAUAAAAAGUUAACUGAC